ACCGUUCCCCCGCCAAAAACCUAACUCCCCCAUUCUUAACAGAUAACACCACUACUUCUCAAGUGAGAAAUAAUAAUGGAGCAGGACAAAGAUGAUCGAGAAAUUAAUGUACGAAGUCUGACUGGAGAAUCAAUCUCCAUUUCUAUGUCUUCCAGCAAAACAAUUGCAGACCUUAAACUCGUCUUGAAGGACCGCUUUCCUCCCGCUUCUUCUUCUUCUUCCGACUUUCACCUUUUUCUUCGAGGCAUGAAACUCGGUGUUCAGAGUCAAAUAGGAAGUCACCCCAUCAAUUCAGGAGAAUUUAUUGCUCUUAUUCCAUUUACAAAGAAAGGAAAAUCGCAAAAACUACAACCUGAGGAAAUAGGCGUUACCUUUCAAACUACUCAACAAAGUGUUCCUUCAAAUUUAUCAGAAUCAACAUGGCGUGAUAUGGUUGAAGAUUUGUCGUAUCUAAAUAGUGCAUCAAACUCUAAAGAACAACCUACUUGUUCGCCAAAUUAUUCUGAUAAAAUUGAAGGUGACUUGGUGAAUAAGAAUUAUACAAGAAAACGUAGAAAAGUUUGCAAAGUUGAAAGUAACGCUAGGCUUGCUGAAGAUCUCAUAUUUACUUUACUGAAUUUAUCUAGUACACAUAUCCUUGAUGAAGGUUCUUGUAGAAAAUUACUCGAGAUAUUGGAGGAUGUGCAUUGUUUCUUGGACGGAAAAUUUGAAAAUUGCAUGUUCUUGAGCAAGGUUGAUGUGUUGGAGAAUGCCCAGCUGACUCAACCCUCUUGUUCUUGCCUUUGUCCACCAUGGUUAACGGUAAUGAUGAAGACAUUUACAUUCUUGAAUGUUCUUACGGGAUUUCUGCAACUACAUCAAGAAACGGUGACAUUUGACCUCGUGAAGGAUUCACUUUAUAAACUUCAUGAACUUGGUUUUUGUGCUAGCGUAGAGGAUUUGAAGCGUCUGCCAGAGCUCUGCCCUAAGGUAGUUCAAAUUAUUAACCAAGAAGCAGAGAGUAAUCUGUCACUUGAUGUAAUUGCGAUUAUCGAUUUCUCAAGAGAAAAAAUGGACAGAGCUAAAACCUGUUCGAAAGCUCGAAAACAGGUUUCUGUGUCAAAGAUAAUCAGUUCAAUAAGGAGAAGACAUAAACUUUUUAGAACAACUUUAGAGGAAGGUCUCAGAUUAUAUGUGCCUGAUGGUAACUCCAAGAAUGUUGCUUCGUUGGAAGAAUUUAUCAUGUCUCUAAAGAAAAUUCAUCCGUCAUCGUGCGUAAAUAGAAAUGCUGCGGAAAAAUAUAAGAGCUCUUUUGAAGCUCGUUGUUAUGAGAGUCAUCCUCUUUCACCCAGGUCCAUGCUUGAACAUCUUAAGAAGGGUAUCGGGUCUAGAGGACAGAUUAUACAUGUAGAAGAAAUAAAUGCGGGAGCAGCAGCCUUCACUGAGAUCCCUGAUGAAUUAUCAGAAAAUACAAAAUCUGCUCUAAAGACUCUGGGAAUAACUAAGCUGUAUAGCCAUCAGGCUGAGUCUAUAAGGGCUUCUCUGUGUGGUAAAAAUGUUGUUGUUGCGACCAUGACGUCUAGUGGUAAAUCUCUUUGCUACAAUGUACCAGUACUGGAAGCAUUAUCCCAAAAUCAGCUAUCAUGUGCUCUUUACUUAUUUCCUACAAAGGCCUUAGCUCAGGAUCAGUUACGAAGUUUGCUGUGUAUGACUGAACACUUUGAACAUUUUAACGUUGGUGUGUAUGAUGGCGACACUUCCGAAGGAGAGAGGGUUUGGCUACGUGACAAUGCUAGACUGCUGAUCACCAAUCCAGAUAUGCUGCAUAUGUCAAUCUUGCCAUUCCAUAGACAGUUUCAGAGAAUUUUAUCAAAUCUUAAAUUUGUAGUGUUUGAUGAAGCACAUGCUUAUAAGGGGGCAUUUGGAUGCCAUACGUCUCUCAUAUUGAGGAGAUUGCGUCGGUUAUGUUCUCAUGUGUAUGGAUCUGAUCCUGCUUUUGUCUUUUCUACUGCAACUUCGGCCAAUCCCCGGGAGCAUGCAAUGGAACUCGCAAAUUUACCAACAAUGGAGCUGAUUGACAAUGAUGGAAGUCCUUCGGCUCCAAAACUGUUUACUUUUUGGAAUCCGCCGUUGUCUCCAAAAACUGUACUAAAGUCUGGGACUACAAACAAAACUGUUGUCAUGAAACGGACAAGCCCCAUACUGGAGGUUUCGUGUCUCCUUGCUGAAAUGGUUCAGCAUGGACUACGCACUAUUGCGUUUUGCAAAACGCGAAAACUUUGUGAACUUGUCUUAUCUUACACGCAUGAGAUUUUGCACGAUACAGCACCUCAUCUUGUUAGUUGCAUUUGUGCUUACCGUGGUGGCUAUGUUGCUGAGGACAGGAGAAGAAUAGAGAGCGAUCUUUUUUGCGGGAAGCUCUGUGGAAUUGUGGCUACUAAUGCUCUUGAGUUGGGUAUCGAUGUGGGACACAUUGAUGUCACAUUGCAUCUAGGUUUUCCUGGUAGUAUUGCAAGUCUGAGGCAGCAGGCAGGUAGGUCUGGAAGAAGGGGAAAACCUUCACUUGCUGUGUACGUUGCAUUUGAAGGACCUUUGGAUCAGUAUUUUAUGAAAUUUCCACUUAAAUUAUUUCAAAGCCCUGUAGAAUGCUGCCAUGUAGAUGCUCAGAAUCCAAAGGUUCUUGAGCAGCACCUUGUCUGUGCUGCCAUAGAGCAUCCUUUAAGUUUGAUACAUGAUGAAAAGUAUUUUGGUUCUGGUUUAAAUGCUGCUCUAUCAGCACUUGAAAGCAGGGGAUAUUUAUCAGCUGAUCCCCCUCGUGAAUCAACAGGAAGGAUAUGGAGCUACAUUGGGCAAGAGAAAUCACCUUCACAUUCAAUUAGCAUUCGAGCUAUUGAGUCCGAGAAAUAUAAAGUAGUUAAUGGUAUAACAAAUGAAGUUCUGGAGGAGAUUGAAGAGAGUAGGGCUUUUUUCCAGGUAUAUGAAGGGGCAGUCUAUAUGAAUCAGGGGAAGACAUACCUUGUGAAGGAGUUGAAUCUAUCAAGUAUGAUUGCAGUUUGCCAAAGAGCUGAUGUUAAGUAUUAUACCAAGACUCGCGACUACACUGACAUUGAUGUCGUUGGAGGUGAACUGGCUUAUCCACCAAGAGCCUCAAUGCAUCAUGGAACAACUGCCCUAACAAAUAUUUGUACAGUAACCACAACUUGGUUUGGUUUUCGUUGCAUUUGUAAGCGAACUAGUAGAGUACUUGACACAGUUGAUCUUGUACUUCCAAAAUAUUCAUAUAAGUCACAGGCUGUUUGGGUUCGAGUUCCUACAUCAGUAAAGUUAGCAGUGGAGAAAAAGGGAUUUUCAUUUUGUGCCGGCUUACAUGCUGCAUCUCAUGCUGUUCACAAUGUAGUUCCACUAUACAUGAUAUGCGACUCGUCAGAUUUGGCUCCUGAGUGUGCAAAUCCUCAUGAAACUCGAAUUGCACCAGAAAGAAUCUUAUUAUACGACCAACGUCCUGGAGGAACAGGGGUUUCAAUGCGGAUUCAACCACUUUUCAAUAAGUUGUUGACUUCAGCAUUGGAUAUGCUUUCUUCGUGCUGCUGUUCAACAGAUGUCGGUUGCCCCAAUUGUGUCCAAACACUAGCCUGUCAUGAGUAUAAUGAACUGUUGCACAAGGAUGCCGCAAUAAUGAUUAUCAAGGGUGUUUUAGAGGCAGAAAACUUGUUCUUGUAACACCAUUCUUUAUUUCAACUUCUGAAGAUGCUCAAAUGCACCUUAUUUGAUUCUUCUGGAAUCACCUACAUUGCAUGACUUAAGGUCUGGCUCCUUAACUCCUUUAAAAGCCGAAAGAGGAGUUUCUUUCUCCGUUUUUUGAAGUUCUAUUCGAGUUUGAAAGCUCAGUGGUAUGACUGGUUUGCGAAUUCCAUCUCCAGAAUCUGGACAAGUUGACAAUUAUCUUCAUCUCAUAGGUAUUUAUUGUCAAAUUCAUUUUGAUAUUUUGAUUUCUAACUUCUGUACCCGGAAAGAUGGGCAUGGUUCGUAUACCCAUGUAGAAGCUAUUUUAUCAAUGGUGCUGCCUUUUUUAGUCGUAACCUUUUGAACGGAAUAUAUCUGGAUUGUUUGCAAGUUUGCAUCUCAGAAAACUGACCAGUCGAACUGUGCGCUUUGAAAGGCUGAAAGCUGCUGGGCAAGUGCUAGAUUUGCCGGACUACAAGAAACAUGCAUCUUACUGUGGCUUUACAUGGUCAAAUUCAUGUGUGUUUUAUUGUUACGAUCAAAAUUUUGACAUUGUCUUUAAAUGGUAUAUAUAUGUUGUAUGACAGUUUUGACGCUGUAGAUGUGCCUUUCUUUUUUCCAGAAUGGGUUUCUUGAAGAAAUUUUGCACAAACAGCUCAGUCAUGAGUUUUCACUUGUACGUUCAGGCUCACAUAUUCGAUAUAUGUGAUAAAGGCUAGGAUAGGUGAUCAUACAAGUGUGAUUUUGUGAUAUUUCUGAUUGAAUGAACUCGAAUUUUAGACUAUCUAAAGAAAGCCUAGUUUGGCCCAUAAUCUUGUAUGGAGACUCAAAUUAGAAUCAAACUAAACGAGUGCAGAAUCGUUUAUUGUGAUUGAUUGCACACCAUAUAACAAGGUCUCCAGAAGGAUAGAAAUUCAUGAGUACUAAUGGCAAAAUUAAUGUGAAAUUGUGAUUGAUUGCACAUUAUAUAACGAGGACUCUAAAAGUAUGGAAAUUCAUAAGUAAAAAUGAGACAUUUAUGAUUUAGAGGAGUAAAAUUAAGGUGCAAUAGUUUUUAAGCCUAAUAGCUUGAAACUUAAAUUGACACUGACUAGAAAAAUAAACUAUUACUUUGAUAUAAAAAAGACAUAAUAAUAAUAAUAGGAGUAAUAAGAAACUCAGUGCAACGAUGACUUUAAUAAAGGAUAUAUAUAGGUCUUGAACCUGCGACCUAAGCACAACGCUUUAAGCUAAAAAAAAAAAUUGGCCCAUGCAGGUUUCGAACCUGCGACCUUCGCGUUAUUAGCACGACGCUCUAACCA